GAGGGCAUGGUAUGGGAAGUAGAGGGAAUAUAUGGAAAGGGGAUAUGAUGUGGGAAUGUUCAAGCAAGCAACUGGCUUCUUCUUCACCAACAUUCCCAAUGGCUGGAGCUACUUUGAAAUGUGGGCAGAAUUUGCAAAAUUUGGCAGAGUAUUUGCAAUAUACAGCCCUCCAAGAAGAAGCAGAAAUGGAAGAAGGUUUGGCUUUGUCAGAUAUCUCAACGUUAAGGAUGAGAAGGAACUAGAGAGGAAACUUGAUCAGAUCCGAAUCAGGGGCCACAAGAUAUGGGUUAACAUAGCCAAGUAUCCUUCAAAGGAAGUUAAAGAAAGGGAGACAAGGAGAAUCGUAACCACAAAUAUGGUUGCUGCAGGAAAAUCAUAUGCAGAUGCAGUAAAAGGGAAGUUGGGAAGGGCUCCACAAAAAGCAGAACAUAUACAAGCAGAGAAGAGGCCGAAACUCCGAGCAAUGGGGGGCAAGAUGAUCUUAAUGGAAUGUGAGGAUAAAGAGGAAUUAAAAGAGCUAGUACAGGGUGUUGUAAGCUGGCUGGGAGCACCAAUUCAUGCUUGGGGGCCAGAUUUCUUUGAGAAUAUGGCUAAUGCAUGGGGCAAGUUUAUAUGUCUAGAUGAUAGUACAAGCAAGAGAAAGAGAUUCGACAUAGCCAGAUUCCUUAUAUCGACGUCGAUAAUGGAUUUAAUCUCGAUUAAGAGGCAGAUCAAAGUUAAUGGAGUCUUCUACAAUCUGAAAUUUUUGGAAGAGGAAAUGACUAAUAGUCUAUUCUCAUUAAGGUAUGAUUUUAUACCAAAUUUUAAGAGCGAUUCUUGCUCUAAAGAGUCAUGGUCGGAGGACAGUGAUGAUGAUGAGGAGCUGGGAAGUAAAUUCAGUGCAGAAGAUAACGGAAAUAUCGACGGAGAAGAAGAAGAUGUCAGAGGGGAACAAGAGUUAAAUGAGCUAGACAAACAGUCGACCAACACUGCGUCUGACAAAGCAAAUUUUGAAAUGAAGGGCAUGGAAUCAGUGGAGAUGGUGGCGGACAGUAUGGAAGGGCUUCUAGAAGCAAGUGACAUGGGGAGUGGUGAAGAGGUGGGGCUUUGUAAAUUGGACUCUAAGAGUAGGACAACAACGGACUCAAUAGAGAACACGAAAGAAUAUGAUUUAGGCCAAAGGCUAAAGCCCAUAUUGAAAGGCUUGGGUCCAAUCCAUGAAGAACAUGAAGAAGGAGACAAGGAUAUGAGGGCUCCAUCAGAUUCAAAAAGCAGCACCCAAGGCCGAAGCAAAUUUAAGAAGAAGGAAGCAGAGAAAGAAGGGAUUCCGAGCUUCCUUCCAAAUAUGAGUAAUUCGGUGGCAGGAGGAUCAGUGGGAGACAGUGAAAUAGAGAACUGCAAGAGGAUGCUGAAGGAGCAAAAGGAUGAGGAAGAGGCUGUCAAGAUCCUUGAAGAAAUGGAGACCCGUGAUAGAAAAGAAAAGGCAGAGGGCAGCUCAAAAGAAGAAAGAAAGAAUAAGAAGGAAAUAAAAUUAGCAGGAGUAGAUAAAAAAGUUUGUAGAGCAGUGUGGGGGUCUGAAGAUUUUGAGUGGGUAGCCAAGGAUGCUUGUGGAAUGUCGGGUGGCAUGCUUUGUUUGUGGAACCCCAAAGUGCUUACCAUGUCCAGAAGAAUAGAGGGAGAAAACUUUAUAGGCAUAGAAGGAAUUUGGGGGAGAGAGGCAACCCCAGUGAGCAUAAUUAAUGUAUAUUCCCUAUGCCAGUUAUCGGGGAAACGAACCUUAUGGGAGGAAUUGAAAAAACUGGUUUCCGGUAAAGGAGGUAAUUGGUGUAUUGCAGGUGAUUUCAAUGCAAUAAGAAAGACAGAGGAAAGAAAGGGGAGCAGGGGUAUAAGCAGUGAGAUGAGAGAGUUUGACAGUUUCAUAAGAGAAGCAGAUUUGAUUGGUAUCUCACAAUGGGGUUUAAGAAGAACAGUAUCAGAUCACUGCCCAAUCCUACUCAAAUUUCAGCAAGUAGACUGGGGUCCUAAACCAUUCAGGUUCUUUGAUGCUUGGUUAAAGAUGGAAGGUUGUAGGGAGCUAAUAAAAGAGGUAUGGAGCAAAGCAGAAAUCGAAGGAUGGGCAGGGUACCGUCUCAAAGAAAAGAUGAAGUUGACAAAGAAGGCACUAAGGAAAUGGAGCAGGGACUCAACCCUGGAUAUUGAGAGUAAGAUAAGCAAUGCUGCAGCAGAGAUAGACUGGAUUGAUAGCAAGGGGGAACAAGAGCAAUUGACGGAAGAAGAAAUCAAGAAAAGAAGAGAGGCCACAAUAACCUUAUGGGAAAAUAUGAAGAGAAAGGAAAGUAGGAUCCAACAAAAAUCAAGGAAGACAUGGUUAGCUCACGGAGAUGCAAAUACAAAGUUCUUCCACAAGUGUGUAAAGGGGAGAUGGAGAAGAAAUGAGAUGAGUAGCAUACACAUAAAUGGAGUCCAAUUAAAGGAAGCUAGCAGAAUGAAGGAUGAGCUCGCUGGUUUCUUUGAGGAGAUGUUUAAGGAAAAACAGAGGGUUAGGCCAAAGCUGGAUGGGGUGUGUUUCAAACAGUUCUCACAAGAAGAUAAUGAUUUCAUAACUGGACCCUUAAGUGAAAGUGAGAUCAAGGUAGCAAUGUGGGAGUGUGAUAGCUCGAAAGCACCAGGCCCUGAUGGGUUUAACUUCAGCAAGAUGGUGAAAGGACUCAACACAUCCUUCAUUGUACUGAUUCCCAAAUCGGACAAUCCACAGAAGAUAGAGGAGUAUCAACCCAUCUCUUUAAUUGGAGUCAUGUAUAAAAUCCUAGCCAAGUUGCUAGCCAACCGCUUAAAGAAGAGGAUGGGAUUUUGUGACAAGUGGACGAAGUGGAUCGGAGAGUGUUUAAGAACAAGCCUUGUAUCAGUUCUGGUCAAUGGUAGCCCAACAAGGCAAUUUAGUGUUUCAAAAGGUCUUAGACAAGGAGAUCCCCUAUCACCCUUCUUAUUCCUAAUCAUUGCGGAAGGUUUAAAUGGGCUGGUAUCAAAUGCAACUCAAAAAGGAUUGUUGGAGGGAGUCGAAGUGGGAAGCAGAGGUCUGAAAUUGUCACAUCUUCAAUUUGCAGACGACACAAUCCUAUUUGGAGAAGCUACUGAGAAAAAUGUCCUAGCAAUGAAAGGAAUUCUGAGAGCAUUUGAAAUCGUCUCUGGACUUAAGGUCAGUUUUAACAAAAGCCAACUGAUGGGAAUCUGUGUACAAGAGGAAUGGUUGGAUAGAAUGGCAUGGCUGCUGUGCUGCAAAAAAGGAAGUAUGCCGUUUAAGUAUCUAGGAAUCCCUAUCGGGGGGAAUUCGAGGAGAAUAGCCUUCUGGAAACCAUUGCUGGAAACCUUCAACAAGAAGUUUCACACUUGGAAGGGUCGGUUUCUUUCUCUUGGUGGUCGAAUAACUCUUAUUAACUCAAUACUGUCCAGCCUCCCUAUGUUUUGGAUGUCACUGUACUUAGUCCUGAGAGGAAAGAACAACAACAUCAAUCAAAUGAGAGGGUGGCAAAAUGCAUCAUGGGUGUGGAAACUAACGUUGAGGAGAAGCUUGCACAGCUGGGAAAUGCAGCAAGAAUCGGAACUUCAAAGGCUGAUUCAAGAAAUCAAAAUAGAAAAAGGAAAACCAGAUGUAUGGAGGUGGAUACAUAGCAAGGACGGGAAUUAUUCAACAUGUUCAGCCUACCAAAGACUUAUGGGAGAACAAGGCAGCGAGCAGCAGGAUUCAAAAAUGUAGAAAAUAUGGAACACAUCAAUUUCCAGCAAAAUCUCAAGAUUCUCAUGGCAAAUGCUUCAGGAUAAAAUUCCAACAAAGGUAAACCUGUUAAAAAGAGGUAUUAUAAAAGAGAUUGAGGAGUGUAAGUGUGACCUUUGUGGAAUGACAUAUGAGGAUACCAACCACAUCUUUAUUCAUUGUGAAGUAUCUUAUAAAUUGUGGAAUGCCUG